AUGAACUUGAGUUUAAGCCUGUGCGAAUGUCAUCUAGCCUCAGUGCAACUGCAGUUCUGCGGAGGUAUACACACGAUCUAUGCAACGCGCGCCCACGCCGCGACUAAUAAAGCGGACGGCGUGCGCGUUGCGCGCGAGCGGCCCCGCACGCGCUUCGCGCCGGAUCCGCCAGGAAAGACGAAAAUCCGCCGAAUGGACGCCGAGGCGGCCACGAGUCCCGCCGAAUUCGAUUUUCGAACUUUCCAUAAGCGCGCCCCGAACGUUCCAUUUUCGAAAGCGGCCAAACACGACGUCCGCAACAACGACCACCUCAUAAAG